GGAAACGGCGCGGCGCUCGCGCUCCGACCGCGCAGGGUGCGGGCCAUGGGGCAGCCCUGGGCGGCGGGGAGCUCCGAGGGGGCGCCCGCGCGGCUGCCUCUCGUGCUCACCACGCUUUGGGCUGCGGCCGUGGGCCUGGAGCUGGCCUACGUGCUGGUGCUGGGCCCUGGGCCGCCCCCGCUGGGGCCCCUGGCCCGCGCCCUGCAGCUGGCGCUGGCCGCCUUCCAGCUGCUUAACCUGCUAGGCAACGUGGGGCUGUUCCUGCGCUCUGACCCUAGCAUCCGCGGCGUGAUGCUGGCCGGCCGCGGGCUGGGCCAGGGCUGGGCUUACUGCUACCAGUGUCAAAGCCAAGUGCCUCCGCGCAGCGCGCAUUGCUCCGCCUGCCGGGUCUGCAUCCUGCGCCGGGACCACCACUGCCGCCUGCUGGGCCGCUGCGUGGGCUUCCGUAACUACCGGCCCUUCCUGUGCCUGCUGCUCCACGCUGGCGGCGUCCUGCUCCACGUCUCCGUGCUGCUGGGCCCCGCCCUGUCGGCCCUGCUGCGAGCCCACGCGCCCCUCCACACUGCCGCCCUCCUCCUGCUGCCCUGGCUCAUGCUGCUCACAGGCAGAGUGUCUCUGGCGCAGUUUGCGCUGGCCUUCGUGACCGACACUUGCGUAGCUGGUGCCCUGCUGUGCGGGGCUGGGCUGCUGUUCCACGGGAUGCUGCUGCUGCGGGGCCAGACCACGUGGGAGUGGGCUCGGGGCCAGCACGCCUACGACCUGGGUCCCUGCCACAACCUGCGGGCAGCCCUGGGACCCCGCUGGGCUCUCGUCUGGCUCUGGCCCUUCUUGGCCUCCCCGCUGCCUGGGGACGGGAUCGCCUUCCAGACCACAGCUGAUGGGGUGGCUUCCUGACUCCAGGAGGAGCCAGGGUGCACAGGGAUGGGGGAGCGUGGUGGGGCAGCCAGCACGCAUUCCGGCCUGCCUCCACUGGCCUCCGGAAGGAGGCAGGUUGGUACUUUAUGCUGGCUUUUGGCAACUCCAGCCCCAUCCUUAGCUGCGUCCCUCCUAGUUUGGGCUCCUAGUGUCCAGGGCUUGGGCCCUGCGGCUGCCCACGGCCCCCGAGUACAGUGUUGGGUCUGGCAGGGGCUGCUCGGCUGUCUUACUGCCCCUUUGCCGGGUUAAUAAAACACCACUUACUUCUUGGACCCCCUGCACGUCUGUAGGGUUUUAGCCCCCACCGUGGCCUGGGCUGCGGUCUCGGGUUCCUCUGCUUGUCAGACGGGGGGAGCCAGAGAUGGAGCCAGAGAUGCCGAAGGUGCGAGGGGUCAGGGCACUGCCUCUGCCUGGUGGGGUGGGGGGUGGGGCAGCAGUAGGACAAGGCGGCUUGUGGAGACCCAGGGCUGGCGAAUCCAAGUUCACUCCCAGUUGCUUCCUGGUUGGUAGCAUCUCUGCCACAGUGGUCUCACCAAGUCUCUAGCUAACCUGGCACUCGGCGGCAGUUGUGUGGGUGAGAAACCUGCGAGCUGUUAAGCAGUCAGGUUGCGAGUGGAGGGGCGAGGCUCGGAACCCAGAGGGCCGUGCUUUCUCGGCCCCCUCGCACAGCUGAGGCGAGUGAGGCAGGUGGCGAAGUCAGGUGUCCAGCCUUUUCAUUUAAAAAGAGUGCGAGGCCUUCUGGCUAGCUUGGCAGGAGCAAGCGCAGGGGUUUCUCUCUGUCUCUUCUUAAAGUCUAGAAUGAUAGUAAAGAAGUCAGGGAUCAGUUUCCAAGGAGAAGCCGGAGGGGAGGUAGUGGUGGAGCCGAGAGCCUGUCGUGAGAGGAAGCAGUGGAGGAGCCUUCAUUCUCGUAGGGAAUUGGACGCUGUUCCCCGAGGCGCAGGCUGAGGCGCCAUCCAGAACUGCGGAGGGCUCAGGAAUCCACCGGCGCCGCGGAAGGCGAGGUCCGGCUUGGUCCAGCAGCGGGGCUGGAUGCCAAGUCUGCAUAAGGGGCAGCUAGGCUGCCCUCUCCCCAGACCCCUCAGGCCCAGCAGCUGCCUCUCUCGCAUGGAGGCGAGGGCUUUUUGGUCUCUGUGGCCUCAGGGGCACCAGGGAGGCUGAGUGUGAGGGACUGGACCAAAAAUAGAGUGAAGUGGGAAAGUUUCUAUGUAGAUGCUGCUGUUGUGGAGAGGUCUUCCAGUGACCUGGCCAGCUUGCCCCCCAAGAAUCCUCAGAGAAGCCCACCCUCCUGACAGGCACUGCCCUCAGCAGUUUGGGCUGCUAGGUCUUUGUGUGUUCUGUUUUUCAGAGGGUACGUGCUGUUCCUUUUUGUAAAGUUCAAACUUGGGUGCCUGGCACCGAACCAUAUACCGAGUGUCAGGAGACCUCUGCCCUCCCGAGUGACCCCUCAACCUCCGAAACAGCUUUUCUUUGUUUGGUGUUGUUCAUUCAAUAGUGAGGAGAUGCGAGAGAAUGUUAAUAAAAUAAUUCCUCUUGAAGCAAGGAGCACUGUGGUGCUCUUGAUCGGCCCCCGGCUUUGCUUUGUUGUUUUAUUACAUGUGUUUGUGUUGGCUUGCAUGUUUGGGGACUUUAUACACAUUGAAGCAUACCAUGUUUACUCCGCUGCGACCUGCCUUUUCCCUCCAUAUUAUGCUCCUGAGAUUUAUCCUCCUUUUCCUGCUUUACAAAUCAGCACUGCUGUAUACAAGUUGUUUUUCUGUUUUGCCCUCUUGGCCAUUUUGUCUGCGCCUGUGUAUGAUCCUUUAAGAUUUAUUCUUGACCCGUGUUCUUCUGUAUAAAUUUUAGAACUAGUUCAUCAAAGUCCACCAGUAAAACCUCUCUGAGACUGUAAAUGGAGCUUGGUUGAACCUGGAAGUCAGUCUGGGGAGAAUGACCAUCUAUGUGAAAUUGAAUUUUCUGGUUCAUAAACAUGGUGUAUUUCCAUUUAAUAUUUUCAAUAAAGUUAUACACUGUUCUCAUAAA